GGUUUAGCAUUUCCUCGGACGGCCAUUUUAUAGGACGCUUCACCGUCGCGUAUGUUUGCUUAUUCGGUAUCUUUUACUCUUUUUAACGAAUAAACUAUUUAUAUGUUCUUUAAAUAAUUUAGUUUAUUCAGUGCAAAAAGCGUUGACAAUGAUUAAGCAAGAGGAGGGUCAAGUACAGAAUAACGAGGAGAGAGAUCGAAGUAGAGAACGUGAUCGUAACAGGAGAGCGGAACGACAAAAUCGCAUAAAUUCUACAAGCCGUGAUCGUAGUAGGGAACGAAACGAUCGCGGUCGAAAAGCUUCAGAUCGACGAAUCUAUGUAUCAAACAUUCCCUAUGAUUUUCGCUGGCAAGAUCUUAAGGAUUUAUUCAGAACAGAAGUUGGUAAAGUUGCUCAUGUCGAACUUUUUACUGACGAAAAUGACAAACCAAGAGGUUGUGGUAUUGUUGAAUUUGAAGAUUCAGACUCGGUAAAAAUUGCUGUAGAAAAAAUGCAUCGGUAUGAUAUUAAAGGGAGAAAGCUGGUCGUCAAAGAGGACUUUGAUGUUGAACGGGAUAAAUAUGGCCGGUUAGCAACAGCUCGUAACAAUGAAAGAGUUCGUGAUGAUAGAUUUAGGGAUCCGCCAAGGCCACAAGGUGGUGGGCGUCAAAAUAUGAAUGCUCCUGCUGGUGGAGGUGGUGGUGGUGGAGGCGGUGGCGGCGGCGGUGGUGGCGGUGGUGGUGGCGGAGAUAGCAAAUUUGGGAAUACCUAUGGUCUAAGUACUCAGUUUUUAGAAUCUUUAGGGAAUACCUAUGGUCUACGUACUCAGUUUUUAGAAUCUUUAGACAUUAAUGGACCUUUAGUUACUAGAGUAUUCGUAGCAAAUCUUGACUACAAAGUGGAUGAAAAGAAAUUAUUAGAAGUGUUUAAAUUAGCUGGUAAAGUACUACAUGUUGAAUUAGGAAAAGAUAAAGAUGGAAAAUCUCGAGGAUUUGGAGUGGUAGAAUAUGACCAUCCAGUAGAAUCUGUACAAGCUAUAUCAAUGCUUCAUAAUCAGCAACUUUAUGAUAGACGUAUGACUGUGAGACUUGACAGAGCAAAUGAACCAGACAUGCCACCAAAAUUACCAGAAGGGUUAAAGGGAAUUGGAAUGGGUCUUGGAGCUGGUGGUAAUAGAUUAAUGGAUGUAGCUAGAAACAUUCCUAAUGUACAAGCAAAUAAUCCACCUGUUGUGAAUCCUAUUUCUGCUCCUGUGUUGGCUGCUGGUGCUUUUGGAGCUGGUUUAAACAAUGUUGUGCCAGCACAGUUAGCAUCUGCAUUGACAAAUUCAAAUGCUGCAGCUCUUCAAGCAAGUCUUGCUGGAGGUCUAAGCGCUAACCUGACCACCAGUUCUUUGCUGAAUUCGUCGUUAACAAAUGAGUUGGCUUCUAACUUAAAUAAUUUCGGCGGAGGAGUUGGAGGCUUCGGUGGAAACAAUGCUUUUGGUGGUUCUAACUUCGGUGGUGGCAGAGAUUUUGACGGUGGAUUCAACAGAGGGGACAACGAUCGUGUUCCUGGUGGAGGUGGUGGUUUUGCUGGAAAUCAAGGUCAAGGAGGAGGUGGGAACAGACAGAAUACUAAUGGUUCUCGGCCGAUGUCAGACACUAUUCUUAUAGGAAAUCUCCCACCAAACACAACAUGGCAAAUGUUGAGAGACAAAUUUCAAGAUGUUGGAGAGGUGAAAUUUGCUGAAAUGCGGGGAAGUGACAUGGGCAUGGUACGAUUCGCAUCUGAAUGGGAUGCUGAACGCGCUGUGUCUAUGAUGAAUCGGUCACGUAUCGAUGGUAGGACGAUUGAUGUUCGUCUCUACUAAAAUCUGGGGAAUACACUCAAGCGAGAGGAGACUGGGUGUUCGUAUGUCGUCUGCAGGAUUGUUCCGCUCCUGGUGACAAUACUUGAAAUUCAUCCUAGUAGUGUGGCAGAACUUAGGACAGUGGGUGAGAAGUAUCUGUCGUUGGAAGAUCAACAGUUGUUUUAUGCCUACUUCAACGUUGAAACACUCAUUGGCUGCCGAUGAUCACCCUUCCUUGCUACAACUAUUUCAUUCGAAAUUCUUUUACCAGAUUAUCGUUCCUUUUUACAGUGGAAGUCUACUAAUUGUUCACUCCUAAAUCGAUCUUUUUGAGUGAUCGACAAAUAGUUUAGUUGUUAGAUUUAGGUUCAUAAUGUUCUACGUAAUCUGUAGGUUUUUCAGUAUAUAGGUUUAUGAUAUUUACAGUAAUUAUCAAAUGUAGCUUGUAAGUUUAUUUCUUAGUUCUCACGAGAGAUCAAUCGAUUUCCCCACAUUCCGGUUGAACAUGACGCUUUGGUCAUUCGCGGAGUGGUUUAUCGAUCAGGGACAGAUUAAUCUUUCAAGCAUAAAUAUUAAAGCGAUAUAGUUGUUACGGAUUUUACAAGUUAAAGUUUAUCCAUGUAUGAUAGAUACUUUCAUGCACAAUCCUACACACAUCGUGGACGUGUGUCGAUUUGUUUGUGGUAUCGGUCGCACUCUAUUCUUGUAUCUAAUACAUAGUGAUACAUCAUGGCUCAACAGGGGACUGUAUUGUUUUCAUUAUAGUUCUGCGAUCUGAUCUUUUAUUCGUCGCGUCACAUCGUUUUAGUAACUUGGAGAUUCAAGUGUAGCGGAGCAUACAAAAUUUUAGUUGUCAUUAGGAAGGUCCCUUCCAAUUCGCUCGUCUCGAGACUUCAGCGAAUGAACAUUGGAUGACUUUAUACCCAAAAUUUGGCAGAAUUUGUCUUACAUAUUGUGCAUCAAUCAUAUGUUUACCAAAAAAUACAAAAUAUUUGUGUAAAGAACCAACAAUUUUUAAUAUCUGUCGGUUUUUACAAAGUGCAAAUAGAGGCUUUUCACAGCUAAUUUUAUAUACAUAUUCUUUGGUAAACAUAUUUCCUCUCGCUAUGUAGAUCUCGAGGAACAUUCUGCGCAUUGUAUAACACUCUUGUAUAACCACAACAUCAUGACAGUGAUUGAAUAAAAUCCAAAUCCGUUUUGACUACAAAAAAAUAUGCUGGUCGUUGUGUUUUAUUUCUGUGUUGUUGUGAUUCUUUAUACUUUAAGCAGGUUUAAGCUGUGUAUAUGCAUUGGCAUAGAGGAUAUUGUUUCCGCUACUUUUACAUGUGCAAUACAUUUACCUAGAACGAGUUUUUUCAAAUGUAUUGCACUUAAGCAGAAAUUUCUGCUUAAAAAAUGUAUAACUGUAGAUAUUAGUACUCCCUGCUUACUUUUGAGAUUUAUAAACUUCACUAUCUGUGAGGCAUGAAUAUUUGUUUACAUCGCAGGUGAGAUAUUUUUCAGGUGAUUGUGGUUUUCUAUUCCUCUAUGAUGAAUAUAUAUUUCAAGAAGGAAUAAUUUGCUUGAAAUUUAUCAAAUAUUUGUUCCUUCAUUAAUGGCUACUGGAAUGCAUUGUUAAUGUGAUAUUCGAAUUAUCAAGUUACAUGUGGUACUCUUCUUUCGAAGAUUGUUAAAAAUUUAUGCUAUUGUUUGAAAUAGUGGAUUAACAGGUUUUGGGAAAAUUAAAACUGUGGACGGUAAUAUAGUAUUUCGUCUCUAA